AUGGAGAGCGGCAGCGAUUCCUCCGAGGAUGGGACGAUUCAGUUCAAGGUGGUUGUACUGGGCAACGGUGCCGUUGGCAAGACUUCCCUCAUCCGCCACUUCUGCGAUAGCGGCUUCACGAAGAGCUACAAGCAAACCAUCGGUGUGGACUUCUACUCGCGGAGGGUACAACUGCCACACAGCUACCCCCCUGUGACGCUGCAGCUGUGGGACAUUGGCGGGCAGCAAAUCGGAGGCAAAAUGCUGGCGAACUACAUCUACGGCAGCCACGCAGUAUGCCUCGUAUAUGACAUCACAGACCUGAACUCCUUCAAGGAUCUUAGCGACUGGAAGGAGUGCGUAGACAAGGUGUUCGCAGACGCGCCGGCCGUGGACAAGCCGAAGAUGGUACUCGUGGGAAAUAAAGUCGAUCUGCCCAAUCGGCAGGUUACAGACGAAAAUCAAGCCGCCUUUAGCAAGAACUUCAACAUGCCGCACUGCACCGUGUCGGCGCAGUCUGGAGAGCGGGUGAACGCCAUGUUCACUCGCAUCGCCGCAACAUUGGCGGGGGUGGAGAUGAAACAGCAGGAUUUGGACUUGGCAGAUCGCGUUGCGGCAAAUGUGGUGAGUCGACCAGAGGAGCGGCAGGUGGCGCCGCGGGCGCUGGUUCUGCAGGCAACCAGCAACUCACAAGGAAAACGAAAGAAUGGCGACUGUGCGGUGAUGUGA